AUGUCAGACCUGAUUAGACGUCGUAGGUCGGUAACGACUACACCGAGUUCUGACCCCCCGCCUCAGUCGGCAUCUGCUGCCACUGCGCCAGCACAGAUGGACCAGUUGGCAGUUGGUCCGUGGGGUCCCAGGCGCCAGCUUCAUCGGCUUCAUCAGUGGCGCAGCCUGUUAGCGCCAGGUGGUGUCAUCGGCCUGUCAGCACCACCGACACCACAUCGACUGAUGCUUCGGGCCCACAGCCAGAAGAACACCCGCGGGCCGUGUCAGCAGUUGAAGACAGCAAAGGUCACCUGGGUGACCAACAGUCGUAUCAACAUCGUAUAUGACAAGCGACAUCGGGCUGCACCGACGCCGGAGUUGCAUAGCUCCUUGGGCCAAGACAUUGGUCACGUCCUGCGUACCCAUUGCCCGAUGCAAUGGAAGUCUUGGAAGGUCAUGCCUGACGAGAUCAAGACGGAGGUUCGCGGCCAGUUGUCGACGAACUACAACUUGGAGGACCUCGACAACGUGUCGUUGGCGUACGUUAACAGACUCUUCUCUGAGAGGUACAAGCAGUGGACGAGCGACUUGCACCACUAUUUUGAGGCUUUUGAGGCUCCGGAAGCGCCCGAUUUUGUGAAUAAAGCCAAAGUCAAUAAGGGCAAUAGGAAGAAGAAGACUCUUCUCCACCAUUCAGGUUCUAGGCCCUUCUCCUAUAGGAUGGAUGCACGGCACCGGGGGUCCAAAUUCCCAGAGAUCGACGUCUUUGACGACGUUUAUGUUCGGCUUGGGAAUGAGUUGGCCGAGUCCCUUCAUGUAAACGACGAUGGUGGAGAGGAGCCAAUUGGCUCUUCAGGAGUCCGCCUCCCAGCUUCCUCUCGAGACUCCAAUCGAGUCUGUGGAUCCUCCAUAGGAUGCUGGGUUUCAGAUCCUGAAGGAGACGUUGGAUCAGACUCUCGGGAGGAGGCCGGGGACAUAUUGUCGAGGGAUGGGGAAUGCCCGGCAGAGGGAACCCAGACCCCGUCCAGCAGCGCAGUCAAGUCAGGUAACUGCUUUGACUGCACAGGUGGCCACGCUUCAGAGUCAGAUGUCAGUGAUUCUGGAGUCCCUUGCACGAUCCGGCAUUCCAAUCCCGUAGUUUCAUGCGUCGACCUCCGAGCCCGUCCACCCAGAGCAUCCCCAGUAGACCACGGCCCCUACCCAAACCUCUGA